UCGAUUAUAGAGGUGGAGAACGCAAAGAACGAAUAUAUCCCAAAAGAAGGACCCGAUACAGAAAAAACAUAACUCCUUUGGGUUUUUAAAAUUUCCAUCUCUGAUUUUCUCCAACCCAACCGGGAAAAUCAGAAAAAAAAAAUGGCUUCUUGGAAUUCAAUUCCACUGGAAAUCACGUACGACACUUUUGGUUGGCUAGCCUUUUUUUCGUGGUCCAUUAGUUUCUACCCUCAAGUCAUCUUAAAUUUUCGAAGAAAAAGCGUUGUUGGGUUGAACUUUGAUUUCGUGCUGCUGAAUUUGACAAAACACUCCUCUUAUACGAUCUACAACGUUUGCCUCUACUUCAGCCCUGUUAUUCAGAGGCAAUACUUUGAGAAAUAUGGCUCUGGAGAGAUGAUCCCAGUAGCUGCUAAUGAUGUCGCGUUCUCAAUACAUGCUGUUUUGUUGACGGCUAUUACUUUGUUUCAAAUUGUGAUUUUUGAUCGUGGGACGCAAAAGGUUUCUAAGAUUUCUGUGGGAAUCGUCAUUGCUGUGUGGUUAAUCGCCGCCAUUUGUUUCUUCAUAGCAUUGCCUAGCCAAUCAUGGCUUUGGUUAAUCUCCAUCUUUAACUCGAUACAAGUUUUCAUGACGGUGGUCAAGUAUAUUCCCCAGGCAGUCAUGAACUUUGCACGAAAGAGUACAGAUGGGUUCAGCAUCGGAAACAUUUUGCUUGAUUUUGUUGGAGGAUUGGCAAAUUACGCACAGAUGGCUGUACAGUCUAUAGAUCAAAAUUCUUGGGUGAACUUUUAUGGAAAUAUAGGGAAGACAUUGCUUUCUUUGGUAUCCAUAUUCUUCGACAUUAUUUUCAUGUGUCAACAUUAUUUGUUGUAUCCUGCUAAGAAAGCAACCUUUCGUUCUAAACUUGAACGUGAGGGCAAGGAGCCACUUGUCAAGUCUCUCGAAGAAACCGCCUCGGAAAAUGUGUAAGUCUUGGCAACUCACAUAGUAGUAAACAAUGCAAUUCUAUAUGCAGGAAAAACAAUUACAAUGUCAUAAUAUGUAAAAGUCAUAAUCUUUUUUAUUUGUUUUUCUUUCCCUGUUGUAUAUAGAAAGAAGAUCAUACAUCUGAAUUCGUUGUGAAACAAACAAAUUAUGCAAGUUUGCAGAACAUCUAUACUUAUUAACUUUGCUGUAUAA